GGAACGAACCAGAUGCUACAGCCACUGCUACACAACAGUGAUACCAACAUAAGCUAUCAUCGCGAUACACUGGGCACUACUGGUGGAUCUCCGGGGUCACCAGUAGCAGCAGCAGCAACAGCAGCAGUACAACUGGAUGCUGUCCAACCGGUAUCGCUCGAUACGCAGUCCGACAUUGUGCGAUCGUUCCAGGAGGAUUCGAAUGAAGUAGACCGGGAACUGAUCGGAAAUAAGCUGCUCGAACGUCAAGGUAGUCUCAACAUGAAGGCAACGAGCAGCAGCAGCAGCAACAACAACAGCAAAGAUGGCCAAAAGAGUAUUCUGCAGCGGUUCAUGUCUCUGCACUCUUCCUUAUCACCCAGUGUGACGCCUGCCGGGAGUCCCUCCGGUAGUGACAGUAAUCUGUUUCGCUUUCCGCUUAACCGGAAGCUGUCGGAACCGAACGGUGGUGGUUACUCGGAGCCAGGAUCGCUUGGUCAUAUCUAUAAGCAGGGUAGUGUAGAUUUAGGGUCCCGGAUCGCAAACCUCGAUUAUGCCGAUCCGCGUACGCUCUUUACUGCGACCGCAUGUGGCAGCAACAAUGUGCUCAUCAACCGGGACUCCAUCAAGUCCAUGCUCCUGGAUCAGCAGCACCAGCAGCAGGAAGAGGAGCAACGGAAGCAACUGUUGCGCGACUCGGUGCUGGCAUCGAGUGCUUCCUCCUCUUCCUCCAGUGAGAGUGUUGGUGGCCAGCCGGAUAGGAGAGAGGCGUUGGCGGACGAACAACAGCAGCAACAGCAGCCGCAUGCCAUGGAAGUCGAGGACGAUGAUGAGAGCUGCUGUUUCUACGAACGUACCGUCGAGGAGUGUCUCGAGCAGGACUUUCGCGAUUCGGCCGUCUACAGUGGGGACGAUAUCGAUCGACGUAUGAUGGCGGCCGCAGCAGCAGUACCAGAGACAGGCAGGAAGCAGGAACAGUGGGAGGAGCCUCUGUACGAGGCACUAACGCCUCCUAGCGAGAUUCCAUCGGAACGGGUCAGCAGCAGUAGCGUGGUGAUGGCCACCACUGUCUCUCCUCCACCGAUUCCGGUGAAACCAAGCCACCUGAUCGGUGAUGUUUGUCGACCGAAAUCAUUUCACCUGCAAAGCGUCGUCAAAGCAACGGCAGCUGCUGCUGCUUCUACGAUGGUUUCACCACCAGCAUCACCAGCAACACCAUCAUCACCGUCAUCGAAUCCUUUAAACAAUCCGAAGCCACCGACUACCAGCAGCAGCAGCAGCCGCGGUUGGGUCUUGCAGCAAGUCAGACGCUUCCAGUAGUUAGCGGGCGGAAGGAGGGAAGGGGAGACGGGUCAACCGUUAUCAUUAUACAUGUUUUAAUGUGAACUUUCAGUCUAGGUUUGCCAUUAACAAGCGCCAUGUGUAUGUUUUUUUUUUAUUUUAGCUUGUGUAUCGUGUUGUACCGUAUCCGCAUCCCACCACCGUCUUCUUGUUGAUGAUGUGAUGCCAAAGAGGAAGCUUUUAAUGAAUUUUAAUUGAUGAAGUGGCGAAGAAGCAGGGAGGAUUCCUUAUCGAGCAAUCAGUGUGUAUUCAUCAUUCGUUAUCUGCAUUUUUUAGUCCUUAGGUAGCUGAAUUACCCACACAUACAUAUAUACACACACAAGCAUGCAAUAAAAUUCAGCCUAGCGUAGCGGUAACGCUCUAAAGCAAAUAACAAUAGAGAGCUCUCGCAUUAGCGCGAGUUUUAUGGUUUGGUGAUUUCAAAGUGCAAGAAAGUUCAACGUGUAUUCAUAUUUAUGUGUUGUUUUAAGAAGUAUUUGAGCUGGAGUUCAAUGUAGAAGAUGAAUUGAAUGUUUUGUGAAUUUAAAGAAAUAUAUCAACAUGUAUUAGCAUAUCAAUGCAAAGUGAAGGAGUUUGGAUUUAUUUUUUCGG